UCAAAUUUGUAUGCUUCGACUGGCUUUGAUCUGAUCGGUGCGCUCACCCGCAUCGCCAACCGUCCCAACCCAAAGAUCACGAUCGGGCCCAUCGACCUGUCUUGCUCUUUCACCGUUUCGGACGCCAAUAUGCCAGAUCAGCCCAUCUUAUACUGCUCAGACUCGUUUCUGCAUUUGACCGGCUAUGAGCGCGCAGAAGUCUUGGGUCGCAACUGCCGCUUCCUUCAAGCCCCGGGCGGCAUGGUGGAAGCAGGAUCAGAGCGUCAACAUACCGACGGUCGCGCUGCACGCCAUCUCAAGAAGCGAUGCCAUAAUCUUCAAGAGUGCCAGGCCACACUCAUCAACUAUCGCAAGAAUGGGCAUCCCUUCAUCAAUCUGGUGACCAUCGUUCCCCUGAGCUGGGGCGACGUGGGUCCCAAUGGCGAGCCUCCUCCAACGUACUUGAUUGGCUUUCAGGUCGACCUCGUCGAGUCACCUGGCGCUGUCGUCGAACGCAAGGCCGAUGGAACUUACCACAUGAAUUAUGCGAACGGUGACCGUCAAGAUUCAACUCGCUCCCAGCCACUGGACGACCAUACCGCUCUACACACGCAUGCUGCCGAGACUCUGGCUGCUGCUGCUGCCAGCGCCGUCGCACAGCAAGAUCCGGCAGUGGUCAAGGCGAAUCAACAAAGGAUGAUGGCAAAGGACCUCGCCGACAUCAUCAGCAGCGGCAGCGUGGACACAUCGCAAUGGGCUACAUUACUACUCGAAAACUCGCACGAUCUCAUUCACGUUUUGUCGCUCAAGGGCACGUUCUUGUACGUAUCGCCCUCGGUCGAGCGGAUCCUUGGAUUUAAGCCCGAAGAGCUGGUCGGCAAGAGCAUCAGCGAAUUCUGUCAUCCGUCGGAUGUAGUGCCCGUCUUCCGCGAGCUCAAGGACUCCACGAGCAACGCAAGCAUUGCUGCUGCUGCUCUCGGUCCCUCGGUCAACUUGAUGAUGCGCAUGAGGCACAAAACGCUAGGCCACACUUGGAUAGAAAGCGCCGGCAAGCUCCAUCUAGAGCAAGGCAAGGGUCGCAAAGUUGUUAUCUCCUCUGGCCGUACACGUCCAGUGUACGAUCUACCAUGGGAAAUGGCGCGCAAAAGUCUCGACCCCCCUGGGCACGAGUCGCCUGGCGUCUGGUCAAAAGUUUCGAAGAGUGGCCUCUUCUUGACAACAAAUGGAGCAAUUUCUAACCUUCUAGGUCAGCAAGCCGAGGACACGCAGCUUACCGGGCGUCAUAUUCGAAGAUUCACCAACCCGGAGGCACACUCGGCUAUUCUCACAGCUCUGCAGAGCUCCGAUGGCGGAGUUGUCUCGCACGCGAUGAACGAUGGCCAUUCGAGUCCAAAGGUCGACGUUUUGUCCACUUUCUACCCUUCGGCUCGAGAUGCGGAGGUAGCGGAGCAGCAGCCUGCCGUGUUUCCUCGCGCACACAUUGCUCCGCUCGCCAAGCAUUCGAGCUCCGAGAGUGACGCUGUCUCGUCAUUGAAACCUGGCGAACCCAGAGCAGGCAGUGUAUUUGCCGAGCUGUCCACUUACAGAAGCUCAUCGUGGGUCUUCGAGCUCCACCAGCUCAAGAAUGCCAACAAAAAGCUUCGCGAGGAGUUGCGACAC